GUCGAAGAACAAGGGCUGGCGGGAGCCAAAUUGAAGCUACAUGACAAUGAAACAACCAAGGUAUUUUGAGGAUCGAAAAUGGAUGGAAAUUCGCCUUGCUUACAAAAUAGUCUUGCUCAAUAGGUGCCGUGGAGAACCUCAUCCAGAAGGAGGCUGCCCGGGAUUACUAUCAUACCCAUCGCGAACUCAACUUCUCCCGGACAGAUAUCGGUGAAGAAUCUAUCGAGGACGUCCACGACUCCUUACGCACAGUACGCACACACUAUGAACCUGGAGAAAGCCUAGGGCUCCAUCGAGUUCACGAGGUGCCUGGCGUUGACCCAAUGCAUCAUUUUCUGGUGGCGGGCAGAGACGACCCGCAACCCCUUCUCGCCAAGCAAUGCCUUGAGGAGAGUGGUGUCGGUCAUGGGAUUAUGGAAGACUCACGAAAACGUUCACUUGCCACGGCCGAGAUAUAUGAUGAGUACAAGAACAGACUGAAGAAGGGUCGAAAGCUCGAAAAAGCAACAGAGGGAAGAGUAACGAAAGCACCCCGAAUUAGAAAGAAGGAAAGCGAGGCAGACAAGAGAUACCAUGAUGAAGCUGAACAAGCUCAGAAACCUCAAGAGGAAGGAUACGAAGAGCAAGGAAGUUGCUGGAAAGGACAGAACAUUUGAUCCAUCAGAGUCCGCGUUCGUUCGACGCGAUCUC